UUAUACCGACCUUUUCUUUCGCUGCAUAUCGGAAUAUCAAGGGCUGAUAUCCCGACUGCCGAACCCCCACGACACAUCAGCACAUCAACGACCACCCUUGAAAUACUACCUGCUCUUCUUCACCCCGUUUCACUUCCUAGUGAGUUGUGAGAUUUCUCAGCAAUCAGCAAAUCUAAUUACCAAUAGAGCCAUCUCCCAUGCCCGCCCACAGAAGCCGCUUCGAGCCCGAGUACGACGCCCAGUCUGCCGAGAGCCUACUGGUCCUGGUCCAGCACCUGGACAUCGCCUCCAGUACCAUGGCGGCUAAGGAGCCCGCCUCCACCGAGCAAGCAAAGACCCUCGUCAACGACAUUGGGGAGUACCUGAUCCAGGCUGCCCAGGCCUGGGCCCAGCUUACCGACGCUCUGGCCGAGAGCCGGCAGAUCCACCAGGCCGUGCUGGACGCCCACGAGCAGGCCAGGGCCCAGAACCACCUGUCGGAUCUGUCGACGGUAGUGUCGAUGGAUUUGGAUCUCUCCAAGCUCAGCAAAAUCCGAGACUUGACGGCCCAGUUCUCUCGAGACGUCCAUCACGUUUGGCGGAAUGGUUCCGGGCGCGGAGGAAGUUCGUGA